AUGGCAGUGAAUGAUGUACCAUUCCCACCGUUUAAGGUGUUCGCAGAAUUUAUUCGUGAGCAGUCAAGGAUUAAGAACAACCCAUCAUUUUCCUAUGGUGUUGACACGAGAGGAGACAGACAAGUGAGAAACCAGCGAGACAGAGUGUUGAAUGUUUCUUCAAGGAAAACAGAGGUUGCACAACCCAGAAGAGAAAAUUCCUCAGACCGGAAGUGCCCCUUACACAACACCUUUCAUACAUUGAACAAGUGCAAGGGGUUCAAGCAGAAGUCAUUAGAAGAGAGAAGGAAGUUCUUAAAAGAGAAUAAUAUAUGUUUCCAUUGCUGUGACUCUCGUUCCCACAAGAUGCGUGAUUGUCGAGCAGCAGUCAAGUGUGAGGAUUGUGACAGUUCAACCCAUCCAACAGCACUUCAUGUGGAGACUCAGAGUAGGAGACACUAUGGCGGGGAGUCGCAGAAUUCAUUAGAUGUCAACUCUGCAUGUACGCAGAUUUGCAGAAAGCAGUUUGGAGGCAAGUCUUGCUCCAAAACUGUGCUCGUGCGUGUGUAUCCUCAAGGAGAACCUCAGUUAGCAGUCAAUAUGUAUGCGGUCAUAGACGAUCAAUCAAACCGCUCACUUGCAAGCCCCAGAUUCUUUACCUAUUUCGAAUGUGGAAGUGAAGCAAUAACCUAUACACUUUCAUCUUGUGGAGGCACUAUACAGACCUUUGGAAGGAAGGCAGAAGGAUUUGUUGCGGAGGCAUAUGGCGGUGGAUGUGUCCUGAACCUUCCAGCCCUCAUCGAAUGUCAGCAGGUUCCUUGUGCACGGGAUGAGAUCCCUACACCGGAAGUGGCUUUACAUUACAGUCAUCUGGCCGACAUAGCAAAGCUAAUACCUCCACUAGAUCCGGAUGCUGACAUCUUGUUACUACUUGGAAGAGAUUUGAUAGAAGCGCACCAUGUACUUGAUCAGCGUAUUGGACAAGGCAAUCAACCCUAUGGACAGAAACUACAUCUGGGGUGGACCAUAAUUGGUGAGACAUGCCUUGGCAAGACUCAUGCACCUACACAGGUUACAACCUACAAGACUCAUUUACUGGGAUCGGGCCGUGUAUCCUUACUUCCACCAUGUACGAAUGAGUUCAAGAUACGAGAAAACCUGAACUAUGUGACGUAUGGCAUGGAAACUGGAAAACCCCCAUCAUUGUAUGACAAUGAAGAUUUUGGUAGGAAUGUUUUCCAAAGAACACAAGAUGAUGAGAAACCAGGUAUGUCUGUGGACGACUUGACAUUUCUCAAGAUAAUGGACCAGGAAUUUCAAAAGAGCGAGAAUGGGCAUUGGACAGCUCCACUCCCAUUUCGACAGCCACAUAGUAAACUGCCAAACAACAGGGACAGUGCUCUAAAAAGAGCCAAAGCACUAGAAGCUAGUCUACGGAGGGAUGCAGUGAAGAAGGAACACUUCCUUACCUUCAUGGAUGGACUGAUAAAGAAUCGCCAUGCAGAGAUUGCGCCACCUCUGACACAGACGGAUGAAUGCUGGUACUUGCCUAUAUUUGGUAUAUAUCAUCCAAAGAAACCAAACCAGCUGAGAGCAGUUUUCGACUCCUCUGCUAAGUAUGGUGGAAUAUCUCUCAAUGACGUCCUUCUUACUGGCCCUGAUCUCACCAACAGCCUGUUAGGAGUUUUGAUGAGAUUUCGUCAAGAAGCUGUUGCUAUUAUGGGCGACAUACAACAGAUGUUUUAUUGCUUCAAAGUGCGGGAGGACCAUCGCAACUUUUUGCGAUUUUUCUGGUUUCGAGAUAAUGACCCAGAUCAGCCUCUGACAGAGUAUCGUAUGACGGUACAUGUUUUUGGCAACCGACCCUCCCCGGCAGUUGCCACGUACGGACUCCGUAGAGCUGCACUGAUGGCAGAGUCUACAUUCGGUAAAGAUGUGACAGACUUUGUUGUGAACAAUUUCUAUGUAGACGAUGGUCUUGUCUCUGUACCUGCCCCAUCAGAGGCAAUUGAUCUCAUGAAGAGGACGCAGAAAGCUUUGAUGUCAGAAGGCGGCUUGCGAUUGCACAAGAUUGCAUCAAAUCAGUCAGAGGUCUUAAGCGCCUUCCCCCCAGAAGAUCUUGCAAAGGAUAUGAAGGACUUAGAAUUCGGAAUUGACCUGCUUCCAAGUCAACGCAGUUUGGGCCUCAACUGGAACUUGGAAACUGACGCCUUCUUCUUUGAGGUUAUGAUGCAAGACAAACCGUUCACCAGAAGAGGCGUACUGUCAUGCAUAAACAGUAUAUUCGAUCCCCUAGGAUUCGCAGCGCCCGUCAUCAUAGAAGGAAAAAGCAUUCUGAGGAACCUGGUUCUUGGCACCAUACACUGGGAUGAUCCAUUACCCUUAGACCAGCUAAAUACUUGGACACAGUGGAGAGACUCUUUAUCUCACUUAGAGAACCUACACAUCUCACGGAACUACUCACCUGAGUCCCUGCAACUGUGUAAGGACAAAUCCAUCCAUGUAUUUUGCGACGCUUCAGAACUCGCCAUUGCGGCAGUUGGUUAUAUGAAGAUAACCUCCUCAGAUAAUGAAAGCCAUCUCGGAUUUGUGUUAGGAAAGGCAAAACUUGCUCCUACUCAUGGACAUUCAAUUCCGAGACUGGAGAUGUGUGCUGCUGUGCUAGCAGUAGAAAUUGCAUGCUCUAUUGCAGACCACUUGUCUCUACCAAUCCAAGACUUCAAAUUUUACUCAGAUAGCAAAGUAGUGUUGGGAUACAUAUUUAACACUACUCGUAGGUUUUAUACCUAUGUAGCCAACCGCAUAUCGUACAUUCGGAAAUUUACAAAGCCAGAGCAAUGGGCCUUUGUACCAACUGAAGACAACCCGGCCGAUGCAGCCACUAGGCCGCUGCCGACUCAUCAAUUAAAGGACAGCUCUUGGCUGAAAGGUCCCACUUACCUGCUUAAACAAGGCAAAGGCAAAGAGCAAGACUUUGACAUUGUGAAUCCUGAGAGUGAUAAGGAAAUCAGACCCAUUAUCUGCAUGAAAACCAUCUCAUCUGUGCAAUUGCUAGGAUCCCACAGAUUCUCCAAGUUUUCAAACUGGACGAUACUCAUACGGACAUUUGCAUUCCUUCAACACAUCAUCAGAUCAUUUUGUGGCCACAACGAGUGCAAGGGUUGGCAUUAUUGCACAAAAUCGAGAACCGUUGAAGCAUAUCAAGAAUCAGAAAAACUGAUCAUCAAGACCGUUCAACAAGAGGCUUAUAGAGAGGAAAUUUACUAUCUAAAGCAAGGCAAAGCCUUACCUUGCACGAGCUCCUUGUUGUGUUUAGGAGUUUUCCUUGACUCAGAUGACAUUCUCAGAGUGGGAGGACGUUUGAAUAGGAGUAACAUAUUGCCACAAGCUGAGAUAAAUCCUAUUGUGAUCCCAGGAAAGCAUCACAUAGCCACACUCCUUACCAGACAUUUCCAUGAUUUAGCACAACACCAGGGGAGACACAUUACCGCUGGAACCAUUAGGAAUGCUGGCUACUGGAUUACAGGCAGCAAACGCUUGAUAUCGUCCAUUAUCUACAAUUGCGUGAAAUGUAGAAAACUGCGUGUAAAGUUUGCAUAUCAGAAGAUGGCAAAUUUACCCCCUGACCGUCUCGAGCCAGGUCCACCAUUCACGUAUGUCGGCCUAGAUACGUUUGGCCCCUGGGAAGUAGUAACCAGGAAGACAAGAGGUGGGGCUGCUAAUGCCAAAAGAUGGGCCAUUCUCUUUACAUGCAUGGUUAGCAGAGGAAUACAUAUUGAGGUCGUUGAGGAGAUGUCCUCGUCAUCAUUUAUUAAUGCCUUCAAACGCUUUGUUGCCAUCAGAGGUAAAGUCAAGCAGAUACGCUCUGACAGGGGGACAAAUUUCGUUGGCGCCACGGAUGAUCUUCACAUCAACGCGGUAAAUGUUGAGGAUGGACCCGUGAAAGAGUAUCUGUACAAAAGUGGAGUUGUAUGGCUAUUCAAUCCACCUCACUCCUCUCAUUUUGGAGGUGUAUGGGAACGCCUCAUUGGAGUGACCAGGCGCGUCCUUGAUUCCAUGCUGUUGGAAAUACCACCAGGAAGUUUGACGCAUGAAAUACUUACCACGUUUCUUGCAGAAGCAUCGGCCAUCGUGAACAGUCGUCCGUUGGUACCGGUGUCGACCGAUCCUGAGGAUCCUCUUCCUUUGAGUCCUUCGUUAAUCCUGACUCAUAAACCAGACAAUACAGUUGAUUAUAUACCCACCGAUGGUAAGGACCUCUUACGUUCCCAGUGGAGGAGAGUGCAACAUUUGGCUGACACCUUUUGGAAAAGAUGGAGAACCCAGUACCUUCAGACAUUGCAAAAUUACAGGAAAUGGAAACAAGAAAAGCGGAACUUGGUCAUUGGAGAUGUGAUCUUGCUAAAAGACAAUUCGGUGACCCGUAACUCGUGGCCCCUUGGAAGAGUCGUCAGAGUGUUCCCGAGCACUGAUGGACGAGUACGCAAAGCAGAAAUUUGUGUAGUGUAUCGCGACGGACACUCCACAACGUUUGUCCGACCUGUAACCGAACUGGUCGUUUUGAUCCAAAAUGAAUGA